ACAAGAAUUUAAAGUCAUGGGGAAAGGCAUACUCUGGGGUCAAGGACAGAGGAGGAGUUCAGUGAAGCCAAGGAGAGUCUCACAGUGUUAAGUGUUAAUAAAAUAUAAAAUGAUCUGAUAUAAAAAUUUAAACUCUACUGUAAAUGCUUAAUGAUUACUCAGACUUUAUUUUUGAUAAUUUAGUCUUCAAAAAGAUAAUUUUCUGAGUGAACAUUUUUGUUUUCUUUCUUAGAUAAAAUAAUUUUAGACAGUAUUUGUCUAGAUAUUACCUACAAGUCCUUAUUAGCUGCCUUGAGGUGCUCUGGUGAAUUCUCUUGGUUUGGCAGUCAGUACCUCAGCUGCAGGCACGUUCCCAUUCCCUUCAGUUAAGUGGAAACUUGGAAAAGUCUGUAGCUUUUGAAACAAGAUUGAAUUCCUUCAAGUAUAUAACCAACGAUACUUAAGAACUUGGAUCUGGCUUCACAGGAUGGUUAUACAUAAAUAAAAGAUCAAGUGCUCACAAGAUUACGUCUCCGGAAAGCACUCUUGGAUGUAAGACAAAGGCGGGGUGUAAAAACGAAAACAAAAGUAGUCUGAGUUAGAGAGUGUCAUUUGAUUUUACUCUCUGCAUUCAAGACUGCUCCUGUCUGCCUACUGAAACAGAUUGGAACCAUGGCUUUGGAAUACAACCAGUCAACAGAUUACUAUUAUGAGGAAAAUGAAAUGAAUGACACUCAUGACUAUAGUCAGUAUGAAGUGAUCUGUAUAAAAGAAGAGGUCAGAAAAUUUGCAAAAGUUUUCCUACCUGCCUUCUUCACAAUAGCUUUCAUCAUUGGACUUGCAGGCAAUUCCACUGUAGUGGCGAUUUAUGCCUAUUACAAAAAGCGGAGAACCAAAACAGACGUGUACAUCUUGAAUUUGGCAGUGGCAGAUUUACUCCUUCUAUUCACUUUGCCUUUUUGGGCAGUUAAUGCAGUUCAUGGGUGGGUUUUAGGGAAAAUCAUGUGCAAAGUCACUUCAGCCUUGUACACAGUCAAUUUUGUCUCUGGAAUGCAAUUUCUGGCUUGUAUCAGCACAGACAGAUACUGGGCAGUAACUAAAGCUCCCAGUCAAUCGGGAGUGGGAAAACCAUGCUGGGUCAUCUGUUUCUGUGUCUGGGUGGCUGCCAUCUUGCUGAGUAUCCCUCAGUUGGUUUUUUAUACAGUAAAUCAUAAAGCUAGGUGCAUUCCCAUCUUUCCAUACCACCUAGGAACAUCAAUGAAAGCAUCAAUUCAAAUACUGGAAAUCUGCAUUGGAUUUGUAAUACCCUUUCUUAUCAUGGCAGUGUGCUACUUCAUUACGGCAAAGACACUCAUCAGGAUGACUAACAUUAAAAAAUCUCGGCCCCUCAAAGUUCUGCUCACGGUGGUCAUAGUUUUCAUCGUCACUCAAUUACCUUAUAACAUUGUCAAGUUCUGCCAAGCCAUAGACAUCAUCUACUCCCUGAUCACUGACUGUGACAUGAGCAAACGCAUGGAUGUUGCCAUCCAAAUCACAGAGAGUAUUGCACUCUUUCACAGCUGCCUCAACCCAGUCCUGUACGUUUUCAUGGGAACCUCUUUUAAAAACUACAUCAUGAAAGUUGCCAAGAAAUACGGAUCCUGGAGAAGACAAAGACAAAAUGUGGAGGAGAUUCCUUUCGAAUCUGAAGAAGCUACAGAGCCAACCAGUACUUUCAGCAUUUAAAUAUAAGACCCAUCUGUCUCUUGCUUCAAUACACAUGAAUGAUGCUUCCCGCUGAGAUCAAACAUCUGCAUUUUUCUGAAAUUCAAAUUUCAAACACUGUGGUGGCAACUUGUAGCAAAGAAGAGGUUGGGGUAGGAAAGGGGAGUGGGGUAGAAGCCAAGAAAAAGAGGAAACAAAUAAUAAAUUCAUAAAACAUAGAAAUUAAAACUAACAAUAUAAGAAAAUAGUAUUAACAGUCAUACAUAAGAAAAACACUACAAGUUAGGUCAUCUAAAACAGAUUGUUAAAGAGAUUUAAUUAAGGGUCAUUUACAGUUAUUUUAAAUUAUCUAAAUUUUAAUAUAACAAUUUUCCUGCAUAAUUUUAAUACUUGAAUAAUCAUGCAGCAACAUUUAAUGUCUUUUUCUUUUUCCUGUUCCUAAUUUGUAAGUGAUUUCAUAAAACUCCAAAAAGAAUAAAAACUAGCAAUGAGAAAAAAAAAAGCUUUUCUGGCUAUUUUAAUGUAUUACUAGUAAGUUUCUUAACAUAUAAUUUACUUUGAUGUCAACUUUCUUUAGUAAUAAGCUGGUUAUCCUAUUAGACUUAUCCUGUAUACUCUAGAAGCAAUCUUCAGACAAUCACAAGUUUUAAUUUUUAUAAUUGCCUAAAGGAAUUAUCCACUCAUGUAAUUCUAUUACCGAGGGUUGACUAAAUAUUUUCCUAUAUAUAAAGACUCUUAUUUUUCACUUAAACACUUGUAUUUUUAAGCAAUGAAAAUAUGUACCACAAAUUGCUUUUAAUAACAUGUACUGCUUAUCUCUUUAAAAAUUAUGUAUAAAUUAUUAUAGUCCAUGUAAUAUGCCCCUACUAAAAUUUAAUUUUGGUAGAAAUGACAAUGGCUAAACAUGGUGUGCACUAAUAUGAAUUUUUACCUGACAAACUGUAAAAAAAAUAGAUGUUUUCUGCUCUUAAAAUAAACAUUGCCUAAUCAAGACAUUA